AUGCUUACCAAAGCACGGAACGAGUACGACAAGGGCAAGCCGAGCUCCGAGCCCAAGGAGAUCGGUGGCGGAGGGGGGGCGAUCCACGACAACCCUCACCUCAUCAAGCCCAUCCCCCUCAAGCCCACCGACCGACAGAGGCUGCUCCAGCACAAGGCUGCAGCCCCGCCCUCCUUCUCUCAGUCCCACUCGGGCCCGAGUCCAGGGGUCGGAGGUCGUCCGGCCGUGGCGCGCUCCCUGUCCUACGACGACCCCUCUGCCCAGGCGGUCCCUGUCAGCCCUGGGGGGGGCCCUCUGCUGGGCGCGGCCCCCCCACCCUCCUCCUCCUCCUCCUCCCAGCCCUGCGCUGCCAUCCAGAAGCUCAUGAGUGGCCAGCGGGGGGCGCCAGAGGUGCAGCCGCCCACUGAGUCACCCGACAAACGCCUGGCCCUCCUCUCAGGCCUUCAGGCUGUGCACCCCAUGGUGACCAUAGCGGGCGCCUUCCAGCAGCACAUGCAGCAGCACCCCCACCCCCCGCCUCCCCACCACCAGCACCGCCCCCCCCAGCAGCCCCCUCCCCCGCCCCCCGGCCAGCCUCUCUUCUACAGCCCCGUUAAGCCCCUGCCGCCCGCUGCCCUGCAUCUCCUCCAGAUGAGCCCAGGUGUGCUGCAGCCUGGCCAGGUCAACACAGGGGUGCAUCCUCCUGCUCAGGUGGGUCCAGGUGUGUUGCCUGCUCAGGUGAGCUCAGGUGUGCCUCCUCCUGGCCAGGUGAGCGCAGGUGUGGUUUCCCCCCAUGAGCUCCUGCAGCGCCUACAGCUGGUCCAGCAGGAGCAGAACCUGAACCAGAGCCAGGCACCUGAGCACAGCCGACCUCCCCUGGCCCCCUGCUUCCACCAGCCCCAGAACCAGAACCAGACCCGGCCCACAGAGACCAGCACCGCCGGCCCAGCGGGCCUCAACUCCAGCCAGCACUUCCAGAGCCUCCCCGCCCCCGUGGGCCCCGCCCUGCUCAUCUCCCCCAGCGUCUUCUCCCAGGCCCCGCCCCCCCGCAGCGCCCCCCACCCAGAGGAGCCCAGAGUCCUGAGCAGGAGCCAGCUACAGGCCACGCUCACACACCUCAUACAGAAUGACUCGUCUUUCCUGGACGUGAUCUACGAGGCCUACAUCUCCAGAUUCGUCAAGGACGACGGCCGACCCCACUACUGACUCUCAACAUGACCCACGCAGGACGAACCCAAAGCCGUGCACUGUGCUGACCACAUUAUGCAAGCGUGUGUGUGUGUGCGCGUGCGUGUGUGUGUGUGUGUGAGAGAGCCAGAGAGGGAAAGAUUUAAAUUUUUAGUCUGGUUUGUUUUGUUUUUAAAUUAUUCAAAUAAAUGAAAAGGGAACGAUCCUCCUAAUUUUAUCCUCAAACUGCCGCGGCACGGGACAGGUCAAAAUGGCCGCCGCAUAGACACCAGCAGCUAGCCAGGUUCUCAGCUCUACGAUGCCAAAUAACAUGAUUUUUCCUCCGUAGACUGAGCUUACACCAUGAAGCUUCCAGAAAUUACAAGAAGCUACCUGACACACACACACACACACACACACACACACACACACACACGUUUCAUAGAAUCCCUCUCCUGAAUCUCUCCCACACUCUCGUGUCAGGCUAAUUUGAUAGACAUUGUGUAAUUUAGAGAAGAAGAAAAUAUUUUGUUACAAAAUAUUUUUUAGAAUAUUUUUUUUUUCUAUUUUUCUAUUGAACAGAUGUACAUUCUUAACUGCUCUAAGCACCCCAUAUGUAGCAGCAGCGCUAGCAGCAAUGCUAACAGCACUAGGCUUGGUGUGCUGAGAGCAGCAAUGCUAACAGCACUAGGCUCGGUGUGCUAGCAGCGAUGCUAACAGCACUAGGCUGGGUGUGCUGAGAGCGUUUGCCUCUAGGCCACCAUGUGGAGGUUUUAAAAGCGAUGGAAAGCGAUGCAUUUGACCUCUGACUCAUUAAAGACCACUGUUAAGCCCCGCC